AUGUCCAACAAUACUAUAAGUCGACACGGAGUCGGGCAUUUCUCGGAUAUCGCAAUAGAGACAGAGGAAGACUGGAGAAAAAUAUCUGAUCCCGUUCUAAGACGACGAGUGCAAAACCGUCUUGCCCAGCGCCGACACCGCUCUAAGAAAAGGUUACAAAGGCAGAAGCUGAGACUACCCCAGGAGAAACCUGCAAACUAUGCAUAUCAGGUAUAUGCGGGUUCAACUCUUGCAGAUUAUAGCAGCAAGCGUAAAAAGCAUUUCCAAACGCCAUGCAACCCCCAGACGAGUCACCAAUUCGAAUGGUCAUCAGGAGAGUCGUUAGCUUCGUCGGAAAAGCUAGAAACACUUGACUCGGAACAUGCUCAGGAGUCACGCUCUAUGAUCGAAUAUCACAAGAACCUGGACAGCUUUUUAGUCGAGAGCUUGACUACAUGGACUGAACAUGGCCAUUAA